UAGAGAACAAGCACAGCGCAGCAUACCCGCCCAGUGUCCCCGGGAUGAGAGGACGGCUGUUUCGGUAGAAAAAGAACAGGGAAAUGAAGUUGUCAGACAGGCUAGCCCAGCAGCUCUCCCCCUUCAGCUCGGCCCCUUUCAACUUUUCAAGGCAGGUUUAGGCGACAAAAUCACCGCUAUGACCGCCAGUUAGCAAAUGUCACUCGGCUACGGGUCUAUCAGAUAACGUUACCCCCGCUUAGAGUAGCGUUACACAGUCAAGAAAGUGGAGACAACUCGCUACCCCGCUAACUAACCUCUAGCAGUCGGAGUGCGUUUCGGUUUCUGGACAACUCUGCAUUUGUGCCUUUUGGAUCGGAGUACCCGCCUGCAGUCAUGCCUUUUCCUUUCGGGAAGUCUCAGAAGAACCCGGCUGAAAUGGUGAAGAGCUUGAAGGAAAAUGUUGCACACUUGGAAAAGGUGGAUGCUGCGGACAAAAAGAAGCUGGAAAAGGCCGCAGAAGAUGUGUCCAAAAACCUUGCCUCCCUGAAAGAGGUGCUGAGCGGCACAGGGGACAAGGAGCCCCAGACCGAAGCUGUGGCUCAGCUCGCGCAGGAAUUGUACAACACCAACCUUCUCAUCACGCUCAUCGCAAACCUGCAGAGGGUUGACUUCGAGGGCAAGAAGGACGUGGUCCAUUUGUUCAGCAACAUGGUCAGGCGUCAGAUUGGCAGCCGCACGCCCACGGUCGAAUACAUCUCCUCACACCCAGAGAUCCUCUUCAUGCUUCUGAAGGGGUACGAGAACGCAGAGGUGGCUCUGAACUGCGGCAUAAUGCUGAGAGAGUGUCUGCGUCACGAGCCCCUGGCCAGGACGAUCCUCUUCUCCGAGGAGUUCUACUGCUUCUUCAACUACGUGGAGCUCUCCACCUUUGACAUCGCCUCGGACGCCUUCGCCUCUUUUAAGGAUCUUCUCACAAAGCACAAGAUGAUGUCCGCUGAUUUCUUGGAGAACAAUUACGACAGGGUGUUCACAGAGUACGAAAAGCUGCUGCAGUCUGACAACUACGUCACCAAACGGCAGUCUUUGAAGCUCCUCGGGGAACUGCUGCUGGACAGACACAACUUCACCGUCAUGACAAAGUACAUCAGCCGAGCAGAGAACCUGAAGCUGAUGAUGAACCUUCUACGGGACGACAGCCGCAGCAUCGAAUUCGAAGCUUUCCACGUCUUUAAGGUAUUUGUUGCGAACCCAAACAAGACCCAGCCAGUGCUCGACAUCCUGCUGAAGAACCAGGCCAAGCUGGUGGACUUCCUGAGCCACUUCCAGACGGACCGAUCCGAGGACGAGCAGUUCUGCGACGAGAAAAACUAUCUGAUCAAGCAGAUCCGCGACCUGAAGAGACCGACUGCAGCCGAGGAGUCCUAAAGCCUGCGGGAACAACUCGCUUCUCUCAGGUGGUACAUUAUAGAGCUGCAAGGGGCUGGGGGAGUUUAAAAUGCAAUUUUAAUCAUGAAACAUAGGAAAAGAUGUUCCGAUUUCCCAUUUUCUGGUGUAGUGUGAAUAUGCAGGUGGUUUCUACCGCCACCCGUGUGGGCCAAGAACUGUUAUUUAAACCACAGUGCUUCUUAUCGAGCGACAGUGGAAUGCCUUUACUCUGCUUGUGUAAUGUUGGACCUUAAACUGUUACUUCUUCACAUAGAUUGUUGCUAAAAUUUCCCAACAUUUCCACAGGCUCUAAAGAUGUUCUCAUUAAAGUAAUUUUCCUUAACAUGUCUAUAUUAUAAAGAUUGAAAUGCUGAGAGGUAAAUAUAUUAUUUUUCUAAUGUAACUGCUUCCUCUAAAUGCUCCAGUUUUCUCUGUUAUUUGCCUUAUUGUACGUUUUUUUUUUUUUUUUUUUUUUUUUUUUUUUUUUCUCUCGUCCGUGUGGGAGUUAAAUGAUCUUUAGAAACAUGGCCCAGGCAGGGCGGCAUGUGGCUCUUUGUCGGCCGGGUCAGCACCCAGGGCUUUGGUUGCUUUUGUGUGUCUGGCAGCAGUCAGACAUGAAUCCAGCAGUGCUGUAUUUGUCUAUGCAGGAAACACAAGUCAAAACCAAUGAGGAAUCGGAUCAAUUCUGUGUUGUUUUUUUUUUUUUCUGAGGUUGUAUCUGGCAACGCUUGCAUGAUUGAAAUAGAAACAGAGAAUCAGAUAAUGCUGCAGGGUCUCAGCCAGACGAUUGAUCUCACAGAAAGCGCUCCGUUUCAUUUCCACAUGCAGAAUAAACACAGUGCUAAUCUGUCCAAACUAAUGACAGCUGUUUGCAGCGUAAAGGGCAGCUCUCAAGGAUGCAACAUCAACACGUUUCACCGUUAUACUGAUUUAUGAGCAUUAGGGUGAAUUUACACACGUUGAAGCAAGUUCAUGCUAAUACUAGAGUUGGGUUUUUGUCUUUGUUGAUAGAAAUAUGUUUAGAGAUGCACUGAUUAGAGACCUGGUGGCCAAUUUCCAGUUGCCAAUUUUAUAAAGCUGAAACCGACUUUUAGCCGAUUCUUGACUUUUUAGGAGCUAUAAAUAACAGAUGGUUUCCCUUUUUGUCUAAAUAAUAAAAAGUUGAUAGAAAUUAAUCAGAAAAUGUGCACCAUAUCACAAGGUGUUCCACUUUUUCUUAUUGCAAAAUGAAUAACAUGAAUGUUCAACUUAACAGUCCUGAAGAAAAGGCUCUGAUCUGAUCGAUUUGUAAGACAUUGGUUUGUUUAUUGCUACUAUAAAGAAGUCUUAAGCCACCUUUCUGUAGUCACUCGUUAAUAGUUGAUAUUAGGACCAGAGCUGACGUCUCACAGAGAGAGAAGUAUUGGCGUUACACAGCUCUGCCGUUAAACAGGAUUUUAUAUAAUUUCAAACAAUGGCCAAAAUGAUAGGAGUUGGACGUGAUAAUCAAUAAAUCAAUUAAUCGCACGAUAAAUUUUAAUCACAUGAUUCGUUAAAAUAAGCGCAUUGAUUUGCGUAGGCUUCAGUACGCUGCAUCGGUGUCUGCAUCUGCUCACCCUCCCUGAUCGUUUCCUCCGUGUAGCGGGGGUUAAAUCUUGGCCAGGCUUUCCCACAGAAAAUGGGGGAAUCCUGGCGGUAGUUGUCUGGUGGCUCGCGGUAGGUGUGUGAGGAAGCGUGGAGCGUUGCUCGAAGGAGGGGUGCAGCCCUUAAACCGGGUACCGUAGUGUGCGUCAAGCUAAUAACAGCUAGCGCGUUAGGUUAGUUGACCGGGAGGUUUUCUUCAGACGGGAACUUUACUGACCGUUUUACGUUGCUCUCAUAUGUCGAGGCAUUUAAAAUAAACAACGCUUAGACUGGCGGGGGAGACCCAACUAGUGUCAGGUGGGCACAUGCUCAGAGUUAACAUGAGAGCCAGAGAAACGAUAGUCUGAAAAGAAAUUAAAUUGGUGUCAAAGCCAAACACGACCGCUUUAAACCAAAUGACGCCACCUGCUUAAUUUGUCUGAGCCGGUAGUUAGACAGGAUAUCUUUGCAUUACUUUCCCAUUAUUAGUUGAAAAGGGUCUCCAAAUAACAUUAUGAGUUAUCGCAAUAAGUUUUAGCAAAAUUUGUUAUCGUGACAGGCCUACGUGACGAUUGAAUCCUCUAAUCAGUCAGCAUAUUUGGUGCAUUUAGCUCUGCAGACUGCAGUCUUUUUGUGUAUUUCUACAGUAAAACGUUACCUUUUUAAAAGGAGCAAUAAGCAAAAUUUCAUUGUUUUAGAUAGAACUAAAAAAUAAUGAUGUGAAGAACUACAGGUAAUAUUUCAGAUGGACUAUGGUAUGAUGUCACACCACAGCUCUCCGUGUUUCCCCCAGUCUCUGGUUUACAAGCCAGGCCGGCCGUACGUGUACGUGAACAGCUGCCACUCAGGGCUUAGCCCCUCCCUACCCUAACAUACCACCCUCAGAGCGCUGGAGCAACAUGGCGGAGAGCACGCCUGGUGUGGAUCAAAAAUGUUCUCUUACUAACAGCAUUAUAAACUUAUGAGUUACUUCUUCACUAGACAAGUUCCUCCGAAAGGUGAAGCUGCUUUGCUGUGUUUAAUGGUGAAAUAUCACUUCUUGCUCCUUUAACUCGGAUAUAAAAAAAACCCUAAAAAAAAAAAAACUUCAAACACUUCAUGUCCAGCAUGUUCACCACAACGACCCACUUUGCAGUAUAAUGUUCUGCUUCCUGGUGUCCCUGAUCUCUAACGCCACGUUGUAACGGCCUGAAUUAACAGCCAACACACCUCCCUAAAAAAAUAUAUAUAGCGCUCUUUCUGGAACCUUCUUACAGCUUGUGAGCUUUCUUCUGACUGUGUUUUGAAAUACCUGAUUACAAAAAAAAAGUACUUUUCAGUGUAACCUGGUAGCGCUUCUAAAUGGUGCAUUCACUGAUCAGUAUAGGGUUGGAUUUUAGCGUUUCCAACGGGACCGUCGUAAAAUUGGUCGAUUUCGGUCACCAAGAAAUUUCUCGGUGCAUCUCUAAUUAUGGUAAAUAAUUUAAACAGACUUCACUAUCAGAUAAAAUAAACAAGGUCAGAUGUCACUACAUUGUACAAUUAGGAGGCCACUGCUGAGGCGCAGUUUAGAGAACUUAGCUUGACAGCUUUUGUGCAGUGUUGGGGACCAGUGCUGGAUUUACUUACAAUGUUCAUUACAGAUCCUCUUGGUGAUACUGUUUUCUAUACCAUUGUCAUGGGAAAAUCUGAAACUGGGGAUUUCAGGAAGCCAACAUCUUGAAGUGGAUACUUCCCUAGAUUUGAAAAAAGCCUCAUCACUUAACAUAAUUUAUAUGACCACCUCACUAGGCAGAACAUUUUUUUUUAGACAAUACUUGGAUUUAUGCACUGAUGCACCAGUUCACAUGUAAACAGGGUCUGGAGGCUGCUUUAGUAUCUCGGUGGAAGAAAAGUUUUGAAUAUUUCCUUGGUUGGUGCACCGCGUGUGUUCAUGCAUAAUGAAUUGCCUUGUACUACCUUUUUGAUGGACUAAAGACAUUUACUUGAUAGUAAAGAUUAUGUAACAUUAUGGACUUCUGAUUAUGCUUAUAAGCCAAAGUCACAAUGACUAGAUGUGUUGUUUUGUAAUGUUAUGAAAGUAAAGUAUAAAUCUAAAAUAAUUUAUAACUCCAUAAUGUGAAGCACAAUUCUGUUAAAGAGCACAGGAAAAAAAAGCCAAAAAUGUUUGGUAAGGUUAAAUUUACAUCCCUGGGGGCUCAAACUUCUUCAUAACAUGCUGUGUUUAAUAAUAAGAUAAUUUCAAAGUCAUGUGACUUAACUUAUGUUUUAAACACAGUGGUUUCUUUGCUGAUUAUGUAAUAUAUGAAAACUUUCAAGAUUUUUGUUGUUGAGAUUUGAGUCCAGGCAUGACAUUGCACUUUGAAAGGAAGGGCAUGUUGUUCGCAGCCAUGUCCACCAGGGGGAGCUGUGGGCAACACCUGCCACCUUGUAAAAGUUGGACAAGUCCAGCAUUGCAAGUUUCUGGAGCCCUGCUUCUGUAAUGAGAUUAAAUAGGACUAUGUAAGAAUCUCUUCUCUUGGUAUUUGGCUAAUGAAACUGAAAAGCAGUGCUGAACUGACACAUGCAAACACAGGAAUGCAACUACUACAGAUGUAAUAAAAACAGUUUUUAUUACUCUGUGAUUAAAAGUUACUAUGCCAUGACUAAUUCAGCUCUUAUUGGAAAGUGCCCUUGUCAUUUCUUUAGAUGAUCUUCAGGAAUACAUCUCCAAGCAUCGUUUUCCUGCUCUGCGUCAGGAGUGUCCCACUUUGGUUUCAUGAUGGUGGUCUUUUGAGGACAUCAUUCAUUCCAUGCUAAAAUACAAGUGCCUAAAAAUCUUGUUUAGUAAAUUAUCUGUCAGACGGACGGACUCAUGCCUUAAGUUAGGUACCUUUUAUGACUCAGAGGUGUUAGUUGGGUUAAGAAAAGUAACAAAUAUUCUUCUAAAAAAUGGUCACAUGCAGAAAAACAUGAAUAAAGGCCCAAGACUUUUGCACAUUCCUCUGGCAAUACUCUGUAGACAUCAAAAUUCAUUCUUAAGGGUCUAAAUUAUAAAUUUCAUGAUCAUAGAUUCCUUUUUCUUGUGCUUAGUGUUUUUUUUUAAUUAUUAUCAUUUUACCUCCUUCACCAUUCACUCCUGACUCUUUCCACACUGGAUAUUUUAUUUACCAUGGGAGCAAACAUUGUGUACAUAACGUUGCAAAGGAUAAUUGAAGUGUGAGCGCAUUUAUGGAAAUAAAGUGUUUCGGAAAGUGG